AUGGAUAAUGAUCUCGGCGAUAUCUUAUAUCGAGCUGAUGCGUUAUGCACUUCAACGUUAAAAGGCCAACCUUUAUAUCACUUGGCACGUUCCGGUUCACAGAUUGAUUCUUUGCUUUAUAAUGCGUUCAGAAGUACUGAAUCACUUUUCCACAGCAGAAGUGGCUUAGAUCCCGAGGCUGAAUUCAAUGCAAAUAUGUUGCUGGGUGAACGAGCUUUACCAGAAGCACCCGAAAAAAGCGCAAUUUUAAGCCAGCAACUGCAGCAACAAGAGGAAGAACCUGAAUUUAUUUCUUCAACUGGAAGCACCGAACUUCUUGAAGAUUUAAUGCAAGCAUCGGCGGAGAAAAUUCGUCUUUUAGCUGAACGGAGUUUUCUCAACCAACAGAUUGUAGAUACCACCCAGAUAAAGCGUAAAGCUUUGAAUUUGACUAAAUCAUCUGUGGAACCUUCACCAUCUAAAAAGCGAAUUGAAGAUGAAAGGAUUAUCGCAGUAACAUCAAAUGCUGCGGAAACUGCAUUCGCUAAAUCAGUUAUCGAGUUUUAUUUUCCUUUAUCCGAUUAUAUUUAUGAUAAAAAUGAAGAUAAAUUGGCGAAAGCGUUUGCUGGAGCUGCUGCACGAACACGCGAUAACAGUGUAAUACUUAUAUGGGACCAAGUACUUGUUUUAUUUGUUUCGCAGUUUUCUGUGAAAGGGGAAACUGCAAAGAAUGUUCGCUCAAAUACAUCCUGGAUGAUUCAUGUAGUUGAAUCUUCUGUUGGAUAUUUACAAAAGCAGUUAGUUACUUUGUCUUUAGCAUUUGGAUUUAUAAAUCAUAUGGAGUUGAUUGUCGAACGAAAUUUAGCCAUUGCUCGUCGUGGUGGUAAUCCGGGCAUUUUGCCUUUAAUUAAUGCUUUUCUAAAUGUGAAGCACUUUAAGACUACCGAAACAACCUGUCAAGAUGGUGUUUAUGGUACUGAUAGUCAUCCAGUUUGGGAAGUUGUUUAUCUUUGUCUUCGCUGUGGCGGUUUUGAUUCAGUUCGUAAGAUUGCUGAUUCUCAUCUUAAAAACCUUCCAUCUUGUGCAGCACUUGCCACAUCUUUGAGUUCAUUAGAAAAAGGCUAUAAGCUUUCAUCAGAGGAGAAAACUAGAAUUAAAGCGGAAUGGAGAAGCGAAAGUCGCUCAUGUACUGAUAUUCAUAAAAAGGCGGUUUAUUGUGCUUUCACUGGUGAUGAAUCAAGUGAAGUGUCUGAUAAUCUCGAAAAUUGGCUGUGGCAAAAAUUAACGCCAUGUUCAUUUGAUUGUUCCUUCUCUACAGCUGUUUUCAAAGAACUUGAGCGACUUAUUGGCAAUGAUUACGGUACGCUUGAUGGUUGUUAUAUGAAAAUGAAAAUUAUAGGAGAAGAUUAUUUUACGAGUGAUGGUGGUAGUCCGUUGAUUUUUUUUCAAGCACUUUGGCUAACGGGACAGAUCGAACGAGCCAUAAGUUUACUGUAUAAGAUAGACAUGAUGAGUCACGCUGUUCACAUUGCUAUUCUCGCAUAUCUGAAAGGCCUUCUCAUUGUAUCAGAUGAUCUUUCUUUGCCAAUACGUAUUUAUUUACAGUUGUAUAUUGAAAUUUCUCCGGAUAAUCCUAUGGAAUGUUCAUUGAAUUUCUGUCGGCUCAUUCUUCUUUAUAUCAAACCUUUUGAAUUAGUUAACAUACCUCAGUCGUUGGAUUAUUUAUUUCUUCUUAGGAAAAUGGAUUCACCUAUCGAAGGUAACCUUUUCCUGUCAUGUGUUUCCCGAGCUGUUUAUUUAACUGAUGAAAUUUCACUCAUUCUGGGUUCUGUGGAUGACAGAGGUUUGCGAAGUACUGGCUUAAUUGAUAAAUAUGCAGCAGAUGUAAUCGUAGACGAUGUUUUGGCAAAAGUUGCGCAUGAUUCAGAAAUUAGUGGUAAUCUGGCCAACGCAGUUCGGUUGUAUCAUUCCGCCAAGCGGUAUGAUGAUGCGAUUCGCAUCGCUUGUGAUUACCUUGCCAAAGAAAUGUCGAACUCAGAGAAAAGAACACAGGCUCGGAAUCUUGCUAUGUGGCUUGCCAGUAUUUAUAAACGUUCUUCUGAUCUCUCUUCUCAUUUGAUUUCGACACUCUAUCUUCUAAUUGAUAUAUCGACUUUCUUCCUCAAUUAUCAAGAAAAAAAAUUUUCAAAAUGCAUAGAUAUUUUGUCGAAAUUAAAAUGUAUUCCUCUUGUUCCUGAUGAUGUUCAGUCUUAUGUUUCAGUAUUCUAUAUGCUUAGUGAUCAGGUACGGAUAGUCUUACCUGAUCUUUGUCUCACUACAAUGCAAAUAACAUUACACCAGUUUGAACAUAACAAAGAAAUGGCUGAAAUAUUGCAGUCGCGCUCGAAAGCAAUCAUACAUUAUAUUGCUAUGGUGCCGUAUCGAUUCCCUACAUUAAUCACAUCGAAAAUUUUGCAGAUUAGCACACAAUUUAAUUGA